AUGAGAAGAAAAGAAGAUAAUGAUGAUGAUGAUGAUUUAUUUGUGAUUUCGAAAAAAUAAUAAAAAAAGAAAUCAAUUAAAAGAAAAGGAUCAAAUCGUAGAUUAAAAAGAGAAGAUAAUUCAGAUGAUGAUGAUUAUAUUCCUUAAAAAUAAAACAAGGAUUCAUCAUCAUCAUCUGAAUUAUAAGAGAGUUCAGAAGAUGAAAAACCAAAGAAAAAAAGUAGAUAAUCAUAUACAAGUGUUAAAUCAUAAGGAGGAGGCAAAUAAAAGAAAUAAGUAAAGAAAGUUGAAAAAGUUGAGAAAUAAGAAAAAAAAUAAGAAUAAUAAGAAUGUUAAUAAGAAGAAUAAUUUAACAUGAAAGGAGAUGAUGAAUUUUAUAGAUUAGCAGAAGAAUCAUUGCCAAUAUUUAUGCAUCCUGAAUAUAUACGAGAUUCAGAAGGAAGAAGACCAGAUGAAGUAAAUUAUGAUUGUUCAACUAUUGAAAUUCCAAAUGAUUAAUAUUAAAGAUUACCACCUAUGUUUAGAUAAUAUUGGAAUGCCAAAAGAAAGCACUUUGAUUCUAUUAUAUUUUUUAGAUGUGGAAGAUGGAUAGCUGUUUUAUAUAAUGAUGCUAUUAUAAUAGCUAAAAUGUUCAAUAGAUAUUUAGGAUUUUGGGGUAAAGAUAGACCAUGUGUAACAGUUUAUGAUAAUCAAUUACCCAUAUAUUAAAGAGCUUUAUUAGAAAAAGGGUACAAAAUUAUUAUGAUAGAAUAAAUGGAAAAAGCAGAUUUAGCUAAUAAAGAAGAAGGAGAAGUUGUUAGAAGAGAAAUUACACAAAUGAUAAGCAGAGGUACUCUUUAAGAAUUAGGAGAUAAUGAUAAUUAUGAAUAACGUAAUCUAUUUGUACUUGUUUGUUCAAAUGCACCUCAUAAUAAUAAAUAACAUAAAUAUAUUUAUGGAAUAGCUAUCCUUGAUUGUACUACUAAUCAAUUCUCUUUUGAUUAAUUCUUUGAUGAUGCUCAGUCCAAUCAUCUUAGAUCUGUUAUUUAUAAUACUAAACCUGUUGAAGUUAUUUUAUGUAGAACACCACCAGAAAUUGAAAAAAUAUUUAAGUAUUACUUUCUCUUAUUACAGAAAUAUAUGUAAUCCUACAGUUAUUAUUUCCAAAAAAGCAUUUAGAGAUUGUGAAUUCAUCUUUUAAUAAUUCAAAAUUGAAUAUAUGGAACCAUUCAAUACCUAAAAUAAUGAUUCAGUCUCUAAUCUAUUUCAAGAUAUUGUUCUACCUACUCAUAAAGAUGAACCUGAACCUAAAAUUGAUAUUGAUAUUAAUCAAGAAUUAUAUUCCGACUCUAAAGAAGUUAUUACUUAAAAAUAGACUGUUUAGAAGUACUAAUUAAGUCCAGAUUAUCCAAAUCUAUUAAUAGAAUUAGAAAAAUAAUUUUAUCAUGAAUAAAAAUAAUCAAAUAAUGAAGAUGAUGAAUCAGUCUUUUAUUCUUAUUAUUUUUCAAUUCAAUCUCUAUAUCUCUUAUUAUGUUAUUUAAGAUAAUUACUGAUAAAUGAUUCAGUAUAUAGAAGAGGUAAAUUCAAUUUUUUAGAUUCAUAUUUUAAUAAAAAAGUAAAUCUUUAUCUAGAUUCACAAGCAUUAGAAAGUUUAGAAAUAUUCAAUGUAAAUUUAUAAACCAAACUAACUACAUCAGGUAGUUUAUUUAAUUAUUUGGAUCGAUGUAUUACACCUGCUGGUAAAAGACUCUUAACAAAAUGGGUCUAAAGUCCCUUAUAAAAUUAUCAAUUAAUUAUAGAGAGAUAAGAAUGCAUAAAAGAAUUAUGUGAUAUUUAAGAAAAAUGUUUUGAAUUCUAAAAAAGAAUUAAACAAUUACCAGAUUUAGAACGUGCAAUAAUAAAAUGUUUUAAUACAAUUCAUUCUCACAAAUUAAAGGCUGUUCCUAUAACAGGAGGAGAAAGCAUUCGUUUAAUAAAAUUGAAGGAAAUAAAAAGUGUUUUAAUAAAUAUAAGAUUAGGUGCUGAAUCAUUUAAAAUCUUUAAUUCAGAUAUUAAAUAAUUUAAGUCUAAAAAAUUAAAAGAAAUUCUUAAUUAUAAUUAGAUUAUUAAAAUGUUAAAGUAAACUCUUGAAGAAUUAGAGAAAUAUCUAAUAAUUGAUGAUAAUGAGGAACCAAAACCAGUAAAAGGAAUUAGUCCAGAAUAUGAUCUAACUUUAGAUAAGUUUAAUGAAAUUACUUAGGGUUUAGAUGAUGAACUUGAAAGAUGGAGGAAGAAAUUAAAAUGUCCAAAUAUUGUUUAUACUCAUGCAAGAAUGAGAUAUUAAUUAGAAAUACCUGAAUAAUAUUUAGAAGGAAAUUAAAGACCUAAAGAAUUAAUAAUCACCUCAAAAAGAUAGGGAUUUCAAAGAUUUUAAACAACAUUUAUUGAAGAAUAAAUUUAUAAAUUAAGAAUAGUAGAAGAAGAAUUGUCUUAAAAAUUGCUACCAUUCAUAAAUGAAUAUUUUACUAAAUUUUAUUCAUAUAGAAAAUAAUUCUUUUAAUUAAUUUCGUAUCUAUCAGAGGCAGAUUGUCUGUAUAUAUUAUAUAAAAUAUUUUAGAAUAUCCUUAGCAUUAGUAUCUAAUGAAUAAAAAGUGUCUUGUUUUCCAAUAAUAUGUAAAAAUACAGAUGAAAGAGUUUGUUAACUUAUUGAAGCAUAUCAUCCAUGUUUACUUUAGAAUAAAGAUAUUUAAUGGGUACCAAAUACAAUAGAAUUUAAUGAUUCUAUAGAUACUUUAUUACUGACAGGUCCAAAUAUGAGUGGCAAAUCUACUCUUUUAAGAUUAAUGGGAGUAUCUAUUAUUUUAGCUUAAAUUGGAUGUGCAGUUCCAGCAAAAUAAUUUACUUUAAAUCCUUUUGAUAGAAUAUUUAGUCGCCUUGGAGCCUCGGAUAGAUUAUUAGAAGGAAAAUCUACUUUCUUUAUUGAACUUGAAGAAACUAAAACUAUAUUAGAUAAUUGUACUUCAAGAAGUCUAGUCAUCAUUGAUGAAUUAGGUAGAGGAACUUCUACUUAUGAUGGAGUAGCAUUAGCAUCUGCUGUUCUUAGAUAUUUAUCAGAAAAAAUUAAACCUAUGACUUUAUUUGCUACACAUUAUCAUAUCUUAUUAGAUGAAUUUGAAUUAUUCAAAAAUAUUUAAUAAUGUGUCAUGUAACAUUAUUAAGAAAAUAAUUAAGUUAUUUUCAAAUACAAAUUAAUUGAAGGUGUUGCUCAAAAGAGUUUUGCAACUAAUGUAGCAUAAAUAGCUGGUAUUCCUAAAUAAGUCAUUGCCUAAGCUAAAUAAAUGGAAGCAAAAAUCACAAAAGAAGAAUCUAAAAUUAAUAAAAACAGAUUAAUUCUUUAAAAAUUCAAUGAUAUCAUUAAAUAACUAUUUUGA